AAUCUGUCCAAUGGCUCUCAAACACCUCGAAAAGUUGCUCCUCCUUGUACUUCUGGUCGCCUUCGUGAAUUCUGAAGACGACUGUAAGCACACCAUUUGUGUUGGUGUCGAAGAAGGCUAUUUCCUGGACAAUCCUGCUAACUGUAGUCAGUUCUUCAAUUGUGUAAAUGGAAGAGCUCAACCUGGAACGUGUCCAGAUGGUUUUUUCUUUCAUCCAUCACUGCAAAAGUGUGAGGUGCACUGGCAAGUACCAUGCAAUCCUACAGAAGAAAUUGAGCUAGAAUGUGUGGAUGAUGGAGAUGGUGGUAACGGUGACAACGGUGACAACGGUGACAAUGGUGACAACGGUGAUAAUGGUAAUGGGAAUGAGGAUCCUCCACUUGAGUGCCAUACGAAUGAUGUACAAUUACUGCAACAUCCCACAAAUUGUUCAAAGUAUGUCCUAUGCUUCCAUGGAAUAGCUCAUGUAAAAUCAUGUGCUCCAGGCUUUGAAUGGGAUGUUAUGCAAGAGCGGUGUAAUACUCCAGAUGUGGCUCAAUGCGUCCUAUCUGAAUGUCCUUUCCAGGAUGAUCCACAACAACCGGUUUUCCUCUACAAUGACAAUCAAUGUGAAAACUUCGCUCUCUGUGUCAAUGGACUGCCUCAAUGGCGAUCCUGUGCCCAGGGUUUGCACUGGGAUCGUGUUAAUCAAUGGUGUACGACGCCACAGGAAGCCGGAUGUGAGGAAUGGGUAGAGCCUCCUGUGGAUGAAAUUGAGUGUCAUGAAGAUUCUCCUCUACGUAACCCACAUCCAACGCUGUGUAACAUUUAUUUCAUAUGCUAUGAAGGCGAAUCGUUUAUGAGAUCCUGCGCUGAGGGCACCAUCUUCGAUUACUACACUCGUUCUUGUACACCUCCAGAUGUUGGCACCUGUUAUUCCGAUAGGAAUCAGUUAAGGAAACUACCUCAGCAUUCCGUUAAGCCCAUUAAAACGAGAAAUGGAGAAUUCGAUCAUCUAUGCCAGGAUGGUGAUCAGAGUCCAGUCAGAGAGCAUCCAGAUACCUGCCUUAAGUUCAUAAUUUGUGAUUUUGAUACAGGAUCAUCCUGGGCUCUUCCUUGUGCUGAUGGUCAUGUUUUCGUCAGGGAAUUAUAUGCUUGUGUCCCUGGAAAUGUGGACACCUGUGAAGCUUACGUAUUUUAAAACUUUAAUCUUUAAUGUCCUUUUCUUCAAUAAAUUUCUAAAAAGUUUGAAGUCA